CUCAUCCCUGUCCUUCUCCCCCACCUCUGUCCCCCCCUUCAAUAUCUUCUUUCUUCCAAGUUCCAAGUAGGCCCUCUCGUCUUUGCGAGGUAAUCUGCGUGUAUAGUAGUACAACUUAAAGCCAUCAUACCACAGUUGAAGGAGCUGCUGCGUAUAUGACAUCUCUACUAUACUAGCGAUGAAGUGGGUUAAGUCUAUCUGGCUGAGAUGUUUAGGUAUCUCAGGCAGCCUGAGGCAGGCAAUAUUCAGAUACCAGGUACCUAGGCCAACUUACACAGUGAGAUAGGCGGUAGGCACAAGCCCCGGCACUGUACCCGGCUCCAUCUCCACCUACCGGAGGUACCGGUCCUGGCAUCUCGCCGCAUCAUCUGAUCGGCUAUCUCAACCUGCCUGCCAUGCCCUCUGCGUUGCCAAUGGAAUCUCGUUCUCACCACCGGGCCCAACAAAUGACUUGCUAUAGCCUGCCCGCAUGCUCGAUUGGCUGUUAGGCCGAAUUAAGUCUUCCCGAGAAUGCACUGAGACACCCCAAUCGACCUAUUUCGGUUACCUGCGCGCGCUACAGCUGUUGCUGACCGGUAACGUCAUCGCCAUCGCCAUAUCGUCGUCAUCCAAAGCAUGGCCGCUUCACGCCGUGGCCAACCGGAGCUUCACGUACGACUCCCCCAAAGCCCCAGCGUCGUCGCCCUACCAGACCUGCCUCCUGUCUCCGCCCUCUUCCUCAUCGACUUCGACGUCAAAGCCGGUUACACCAUAUCCUGGAAAGCCUCCAAGCCCGACGUCGAGCUCGAGGGGGUCGUGGAAUACAAGUCGCUGCCGUCCGGCUUGCACACCGUAUCCGAGGACCUCAUAUAUUUCGUGAACGAUGGCUAUGCCGGAUUGAGUGCAUUCGUCAAUGCGCCCGUCCAGGAUACCGCUGCCCGCAAUGCGCGCAUGUUGGCAGUUGGCAUCCUUGUUCCUCUAAGCUACGGACGUUUAGGCAGGGCGUGGAAACAUGCCGAAAGCCUAAAGGCAAUCGCCUCCAAGCUCGCUGUAGACAGUAAAGAUAUAAGCAUCCUUGAGGAGUAUUGGGAAAAGAACCAAGCGCGCGACUCCACCGGCGAUGAACCCACCGAUGAACCCGCGUCCGGGAAUGACCCUGCAUCUCCAACUGCGACCUCUAAACCCUCGAACACGGCCUGGGAUUCUAGGAAUCGCUCAGCUUCUGAAGGAGCAGCAUUAAUGCUACCUGGACACCGACUGUCGCCAUUUCACCCGGCCUGGAGCUUGACCAAAUUUAUAGAUACAUUUGGUCCGCUCAUAUUCCCUAUACAUCGCGCUGCGUUGCUGCGCAAACGAAUCUUGAUAUCUGGCCAUGCACCGGUAGAACAAGCUUGCAACUUUGUUUACAAUAUCUCUGUACUUUCCAAUGUACCAAUCGCGACGUCAGAUCUUUUACCACCCGACUCUACGUCACUUCGCUUGCGGCCGCUUUUCUGCAUUGGUGUUCACGAUAUCCCUUUCUUAACAGAAGACGCAAAGCAUGCUAGCGACACAGAUGCCGAACCCCCCGAUAGUGCAUCGGAAGCUGGGACUGGAUGGGUAGCCUGCACGACCGACAGCAUUCUCUCUAAGAAGGACACGCUGUGGGACAUGCUCAUCACUAUGCCACCACCCCACACUUCCAACGCAAAGAGUCAUGUAUGGCCUACCAUCGAAUUCUCAAAUGGAGAAAUUGUUAAGGCUACACAGCGCGAUAUGCGCCGUUUCCGCUCUUUCAAGGCCGGAAUUGCUCGUCUAGAAGGAAACGUUGUAGUUUCAGCUCCGAACACACCAGGGACAGUGGCUGCAUAUAGAGAAGACGAUGCAUUACUAGACGACGCAGAGCAAGUGGUAGAACCCACAAGCUGGACGGCUCUUGCAUAUAGCGGGUUCAUGUGGUGGGCAUCAGCAGGUGAGAAGCUACGGUCAGACGAGGCCGAGGAGGCCGCGCAGGACGCUUCUCUUUUCUCGAGCGACUUGGCAUCUUCCACAAUGGGCAUGAAUAUGCCGCGCCCAGCGGACAUUUCGGCAUCAAUAUCAUCUCUCACCCCGAGACGAUCCUCCACAGCGGCAUCGGUACCGCUAGAUGUAGACGAAGCCCGCGCCGAGCUCGCCAUAAUCGGUUAUUUUCACAGGUUGACCACUCAGUUUCUCGGCGCGCUAACAUAUGUAAUCGAGACUCUCAGCGAUAGUGGCUUAGGAGACGAAAGCCCAAUGGAAGAAGACGAUGCGCUCGUCGACGCAGACGAGGAGGAUGUGCCUGGCCGCGGUGUCCAAAUUGACUCGGACGUAAUAAAAAGGAUGGGCCUCGACAUAUGGAGUCCUUCGGACGCAGAGUUCGUGAGCCAGCUUCUACAGACUUACUUCAAUCGCCAGGCAUCCGUAGAAGGCAAAGGUGUCGAGGUCUGCGGUAUCAGGGUCUGUUGAGAGAAUUCCAUCACAUAUAAUGAACGCCGGCGUGAAACCCCGGCUGUAUAAUACCCAAGUUUCACCCGGUAAAGGACACAGCAGUCAUUUCAAGGAUAGACUGCUCGGGCGGACGGUGUUAUUCGUGUAUUGUUUAACAGUAUCCAGCGAGACCAGGUCCACCCACUACUAGUCUAAUUUUUGACUCUCGUUGGGAGCUUCACCUGCGUUUCUGACGGCCUUUUUGGUGUCUAAGCAUUUAGCUAGCUACUCUUAUAUAAGAGAUGUAUAUCCAGCUACAUAUUACGUAUUCGGAGUUUCCAGAAUUCUUGUAAAAGCCAUGUCGAGGGGAAAGACUAUUGUUGCUUGCAUCCGUGACUUACACAGCUCCUUCAUAAAUGCAGCACGAAGUGCUAGUUAUCUGAUAACAGCGGACUUCCUAAAAGGCUCCUGCUCGACGAUAAUGAAAAGGGGCGCGAAUAGUGCGAUGAUGUGAAACGGAGAAGCAUCUCUGAUUGUUCUUUGAACCACAGUCUCAUCUGGAACAUAUAAAUCCAAAAGGACGCACCGACGUAUCGUAUCUCGUACCA